AUAAUACUUCUGUUUAUCUGCAGAAAAUGGCAGAAAACAAACUGAAGAGCUUCACUUCAAAAAGGACGUUAAGCAAAAAAGGGCAAGAAGAACUAAGAAAAAAGGAAGAGGAGCUAAAGGCAGCUGAAAUCUAUGAAGAAUUUUUGGCGUCAUUUGAUUCGGGUGGUACAGGCAAUGUGAAAACUUUUGUAAGAGGGGGAAUUGUAAAUGCAGCAAAAGAUGAAAAGGAAAGAGAUGAAAGGAAGACUAAACUGUAUAAGCCUAAAGCUAGGUAUGGUGAAAUGAAAACACCACAUCAAGAAACUCCUUCUGCCCCAGCUUCAUCUUCUGAUGCAAAGAAACCAACUAAUAAAAAAGUGAAAGAUGAGAAAAAGAAGAGCAAUUUGGAAAUAUUCAAAGAAGAACUCAAACAGAUUCAGGAAGAGCGUGAAGAGAGACAUAAAAAUAAAAAGAAGAAUAAAGAAGGAAAUUUAAGACCAAGUAGAUUUGAACCUAUGCCCACUGAUGUGGAACAGCAAGUAAACAGACGUGUCUUGCUUGACGAUACUCCAGGAUCAUACGAUUCAGGGGAUCCUCAUACCACAAACUUGUAUGUUGGAAACAUAAACCCACAGAUGGAUGAAGAAAUGCUUUGUAAGGAAUUUGGCAAAUUUGGCCCUUUGGCAAGUGUAAAAAUCAUGUGGCCGAGAACAGAAGAAGAACGGGCUAGACUCCGAAACUGUGGGUUUGUUGCCUUCAUGAACAGAAAACAUGCAGAUAAAGCCCUUAAAUCUCUCAAUGGGAAAUUUAUAAUGGGUUAUGAAAUGAAGCUGGGCUGGGGAAAGGCCGUGCCCACACCUCCAUAUCCUAUAUAUAUUCCACCAGCUAUGAUGGAAUUGACGCUUCCACCACCUCCAUCGGGUUUACCUUUUAAUGCACAGCCUAGAGGGAGGCUGCGGAACCCUGACUUACCACUGCCGCCUUCAAAAUCAAAGGAGGAAUUUGAGAAGACUCUGUCCGAAGCCGUAGUCAAAGUGGUUAUCCCAACAGAAAGGAACCUAUUGUGUCUAAUCCAUCGAAUGAUUGAAUUUGUAGUGCGUGAGGGGCCAGUUUUUGAAGCUUUAAUUAUGAAUCGUGAAAUUAAUAAUCCCCAGUUCAGGUUUCUAUUUGACAACAAGAACCCAGCGCAUGUAUACUAUAGGUGGAAACUGUUUUCAAUUCUGCAGGGUGAUUCUCCAACUAAAUGGCGAACAGAGGAUUUCCGAAUAUUUAAAUGUGGUUCAGUGUGGAAACCUCCACCUAUGAAUCCCUACUUGCAUGGCAUGCCGGAGGAUGGAGAAAUGGAAGUGCCUGUUGAACAAGAGGAACCAGUGAAGAAAGGACAACUGAAGGAUGAGCAGAGAGAUAAAUUGGAGAAUAUCUUGAGAGGCCUGGCACCACAUCGAAACGACAUAGGAGAUGCUAUGGUCUUUUGUUUGAAUAAUGCAGAGGCUGCUGAGGAAAUAGUGGAUUGCAUUGCAGAGUCACUGUCUAUUUUACAAACUCCACUGCAGAAAAAGAUAGCAAGGCUGUACUUGGUGUCUGACAUUCUCUAUAAUUCUUGUGCUAAAGUAGCCAAUGCCUCUUACUAUAGGAAAUAUUUUGAAACCAGGCUCCCUCAGAUAUUUACAGAUAUGCAUGAGGCCCAUAAAGUGAUUCAAGCAAGACUUCAAGCAGAACAAUUCAAGCAAAGGAUAAUGACUUGCUUUCGAGCAUGGGAGGACUGGGCAGUGUAUCCAGAGCCAUUCCUCAUAAGGUUGCAGAAUAUAUUCCUUGGAUUAAUGAAACUGGAUGAUGACUUAUCAGAAAGACCUCUGGUGAUUGAUGAUGUGGAUGGUACACCAAUUGAUGGUGACCAACUUGCUCCAUUAGAUGAUGUUGAUGGAUUGCCAAUUGAUGGUAUCCCACUCGAUGGAGCACCUUUAGAUGAUAUUGAUGGGAUUCCUUUGAAAUCAGUUGAGGAUGACCUUGAUGGAAUGCCAAUGGAGGAACUCGUGGUUGUUAAAAAGGAAGAACCACUGUUAAAGAUUGCACCUUCAAAAUGGGAAACUGUGGAUGAAUCUGAGUUGGAAUCUCAUGCAAUAACUAUGUCAAAAUGGGAUCUUCUUGACCAUCCAGAAUCAGAAGAAAAAAUUGAGAUUAAGGAGGAAAUUAAAGAGGAGUCUGAUGAGGAAGAGGAUGAUGGUAUUGAAUCUGAAGAGUCAUUUGGACAGAAGGAAGAUCCCUAUGAUUCAAAAUCUCAAAAAAUGUUGGAAAUGUCUGAAGAGAAACGUGCCAAACUGCGGGAAAUUGAGCUAAAAGUAAUGAAAUUUCAAGAUGAAUUGGAAUCUGGUAAAAGGACUAAGAAAUCAGGAAUGACUUUUCAACAACAGGUUGAGCAUUAUAGAAGUAAACUGUUACAAAAGGAAAAGGAAAAAGACCAGGAUAAAGAACUAGAGAAAGAAGUUGGGGAUCUUGAGAGAAUAAAAGAUCCAAGCAAAGAGAAAGAUAAAAAGGAAAAAGAUAGACCUGAAGAACGGAGCAAAGAUAGAGACAGGGAUAAAGUCAAGAGCAAAGAUAAGGAGAAGAAUAAGCUGAAGAGCAAGGAUAAAGAACGCAGUAAAGAUCGAGCACGGACUAAAGAGAAGCACAAGGAGAAAGGCAAUUCCUCAUCACCCUCCAGGAAAAGGAGGUGUACAAGCUCCCCAAGUCCAUCAAGAAGCAUCCGAUGUGAAAUAUCUGUGUCUCCUUGGUCUGAAAGGUCACUACUAAAAGAAAAUACCCUGUCUAGGUCUCCGUCCCCAGCAUAUAAAGAUUCCCCAAGACAGAGCAGCAAACGGAAAAAAAGAUCUUGGUCUCGAUCAAAAUCACCUAAAAAGUCAAAGCAUUCUCGUUCAAGUUCUCCGAAGAAAUCAAGGCGAUCGAGGUCGCGCUCAAGGACUCCUCACCGGUCUCACAAAAAGUCAAAGAAGAGCAAGCGCUGACGUCCAUUAGGUUUGCUUCUGCGCGAUUAUGUACAUAAAGGAUGAUGCAGCAUUUUUUUGUACUUUGUUUUGCCCCUUUGUUACUCUUUUCCAUUUGUUUUAUAGAUGGAAUAAAUAUUUGCUUUUGUAUUUGGAUAACUGCAACUCAUGUUUAAAAUGGGAAUGUGAUUCCGAUCUGAAAAUGGUGAUCAGUUAGAAAUAAUCUGUGUAACUGUUGUUCUUGCAGUGUAAAGAAUUCACUUCUGCUCCGCUACCUAGUUUUGCUUUUGCUUCAAUACAGGUGUUGUGGUUUUUUAUAUAUAAUUACACAGUGAAGAGCUGCAGGGCCAGUAUUUUUGUUUUGUUUUGUGACCCAUAUGCAUCUCUGUUCUGUUUCUGUAAUUACCGCAACAUUUAAAUAAACUUUUGUGGCUCCUUU